CCAUUAUAUCAGGUGUAUAUUAAGUGGCAUACCUUUUGGCAUACAAUUAUUUGUUUUGUUGGUUGCCUAUCGGUUUCUCUUUCUUUUUUAGUUCUCCAACUGCUUAAAAUGGCUGCUGGAACUUUAUACACUUAUCCUGAAAAUUUUCGUGCGGCAAAGGCAUUAAUCGCUGCCCAAUAUUCGAAGGCUGAUGUAAAAGUUGCUUCCAAUUUUGUGUUUGGAGAAACCAACAAGUCUCCAGAAUUUCAGAAAAAGUUUCCUGGUGGAAAGGUUCCAGCCUUUGAAGGAAACGAUGGUAAACUUUUGCAAGACAGUAAUGCUAUAGCCUAUUAUGUAUCAAACAAUCAAUUAAAGGGCCAAAAUGAAUUUGACAAAGCUCAAAUUUUACAGUGGAUUGGUUUUGCUGAGGGUGAAGUAUUGCCAGCUGGUUGUGCCUGGGUAUUCCCUAUUCUUGGAAUUAUUAAGAAUAGUCCCAGUUCUCAAGAGGCUUUCCAAAGAGCAAAGAAUGAUAUGAAAACAGCUUUAACUAUCCUUAAUAGCCAUUUACUCACUAGAACAUACUUAGUAGGCGAACGUAUUACUUUAGCUGAUAUCGUAGUUGCCUGCAAUCUUCUUAACCCUUAUAAAUAUGUAUUGGAUCCUGAAUAUAGAACCCCUUUCACAAAUGUUAACAGGUGGUUCCUGACAUUAGUUAAUCAGCCACAAUUUAAAGCAGUGCUUGGAGAUGUUGCUCUCUGUGGUAAAGCUGCUCAAGUAGGUGCCCAAGCAGGUGCUGGUGAAGGUAAGAAGAAGAAGGACGAAAAGAAACAAGAGAAGAAAGAAAAACCGAAAAAAGAGCAACCCAAAAAAGAGAAAGAACCGGAAGAAGAGUUGGAUGCGGCUGAUGCUGCUCUCGCCCUCGAACCUAAGAGUAAGGAUCCAUUUGAGUCUCUUCCAAAAGGAACUUUCAACUUUGACGACUUUAAACGUUGCUAUUCCAAUGAAGACGAAUCCAAGUCCAUUCCAUAUUUCUGGGAGAAAUUCGACCCAGAAAACAAUUCCAUAUGGUAUGGAGAAUACAAAUAUUCAGAAGAACUUUCCAAGGUGUUCAUGAGUUGUAACCUGAUUACAGGAAUGUUCCAACGCUUAGAUAAAAUGCGAAAACAAGCGUUUGCAUCAGUGUGUCUGUUUGGUGAAGAUAACAAUAGCACCAUUUCUGGUAUUUGGAUAUGGAGAGGCCAGGAGUUAGCUUUUACUUUGAGUCCAGACUGGCAAAUCGACUACGAAGUUUAUGACUGGAAAAAACUGGACCCUAAAUCAGAAGAGACAAAGAAACUGGUUCAGCAAUACCUUUCGUGGAGCGGCACAGACAAGGACGGCAGGAAGUUCAAUCAAGGAAAAAUCUUUAAAUAAAUACGGUGCAAAACAAUUCUAAAUAUCAUUAUUUGUUAAUAAAGUAUGUUUUGAAUUUUGUGUGAAGUACUCUUUAUUUAUCACUUAUCUAUCUCUUUAACGUGCUUUAAGGAUAUUGUGACGUCUUGUUAUACUCCAUCUUUUCUUUAAUAAAUUUAUUAUUUUGAA